UGUGGGAGGGAUCCGCCAUCUUGUUUGCUGGUCGCCUAGGCAACCAAAAUCGCAGGCUGCGGCGCUUCGAGGCCUAGGCAAAAAGAGGCCUUUACGCCUCGCUUGAACUUGUCGGUGCCGCUUCUAUCUUCGCCCAGCCUUUCCACGCAGUUCAAAUGGAUUUGGAGAUUAAAGGAGUUGCUGCGUCUCCAAGGCAAGCACCCCUCUCCACAAGGAAAGGCAAACAUGCUCAAGGCUGGAGGCCACAAACAAGGUCAAGUCAUGGUCCUCGACCAGCAGAAGUUCCAUGCCUAGACUUGGGAAAACUGGGAGAUUCAGAGGAUGAGGAUGGAGAUACCUACAAACCGUAUAGUGUUGGCCGUUCUCAUGCUGGUCCUCUACAAUCAGCUUCAACUAUUAGCUGCGGUACUCCAUUACAGACUCCUUAUGCACAGCAUUAUAAUGUUCAACAGACAGCUAGAAAACCUGGUCUGAAGAAAUCUGAGUUUUCUUUAUGGGAGCAGAAUACAGUACCAGAAAAUCUGCCACCUCCAGCUGAUAGAUACAAAUUGAAGUAUCAGCAAUAUGAAGCCGAAAUGAAAGAGGAAUAUAAACGUUAUUCUCAAAGAGCUGAAGAAAAGAAAACAAAUAAUGAGACUUGUGAACCUCCUGGAAAAAUGGAUGAGAAGGAGGAUUUACAGCCUGAAAGAAAAGAGGAUGAAUUGACAGUUCUUGAUGAGAAGGCAUUUCUGCAACAGUGUUAUACAAGUAAACCCUACACAGUGCAACACAGUGUAAGAAAAUUGGAAGCAGAGGAUGUUGCAGCAGAGAGAAAAAAACAAACGGUAGUGGAACAAGUGAUGAUAGAUCAAUUAUCUAGAGCCGUGAUCAGUGAUCCUGAGCAAAAUGGAAAUGGAGCUCUUUUUGAAAGUGAGCCUGUUCUUCCAGGAUUAAGGACAGCACCCCUGCGCUUUAGGAAAAGAACAUUACAUGAAACAAAAAUAAGAACUAGGUCAGCCUUAACUGAAAAUGUGCUUUCCAACAAAUUACGCUUUGAUGGUAGACUAAUAUCAAGAGUAUGUACUUGUAAAUCACUCUUAAAUUAUUACUCACAGGGAGCAGACCUAACGUUUUUGAGCCUUCAUCAUCCUGGUCUUCCCGAAAGUAUUAAACAGAAGCCAAUAUUUACAAUCCGUGUCAUAAAUAUUGAUGAAAUUGCUAGGACUUUUCUCAAGGCUUCUGAUGUGGAAAAUGAGGAACAUCUUAUCAAGCAGGAAGGUGAUGACAAGAAUAUUUUUAGAAUGGUUCAAAAAAAGCUAAGAGAAAAACUGAGUAAGAGAGGAGUUCGUAUUGUUACAGGAUUAGGGAAAUACUUCAGAGAGUUAGAAAGGAAAGCGAAUAGAGUCCUCUCAAAAACAGACUUCAAGCAAGCAUUGAAAGUGUUUCAUUUAGAAGUUCCUGCAGAGGAUUUUGAAUCUCUGUGGUCAAUACUUGAAGACAACAAUAAUGGUAACAUUGAUUAUACUGACUUUAUUCGUGCCAUUCUUGGAGAAAUGAAUGAAUAUAGAAAAACAUUUGUCAGAAAAGCUUAUAUGAAGUUGGAUUACAACAAAACUGGCAGUGUGCCUAUGAUCGAUAUUAAGAAAUGUUAUUGUGCUAAAAAACAUCCCCAAGUCUUAGCAGGUAAUGCAACAGAGGAAGAAGUUAAAUCUUCAUUUCUAGAAACCCUGGAGGAUGCUUGCAGCAAUCCCAAUGAAGUCUCAUUCUCUGAAUUUGAGGAUUAUUAUGAAGGAUUAAGUAUUGGAAUUGUGGAUGAUGAAGAUUUUGUUAAUACAUUAAGGAACCCUUGGGGAAUUUAAAAGUAAAGGAUAUAUGUUAACAACAGCAACAACUAGGACGAGAAAUGAAAUGCUAGAAUUUGACACACACUAACCUUUGAAUGACAAUUUAAUAGAUUGGUUUGAAUAGUAUAAAGAUAAUUGAGGAAACAUUCCAAAUGUUUGUUCGAGUCUGGACAUACAACAGUAUAUAUUUCUUGUGUUAAUGUUAUAUACUUUUGACUUACAGUUAGAAUCUUUUUCAACUACUCAAAGUCUUACUGGACAAGAUUCUACAUAAAAUGUAAUAAAUAAAUAAAUAAAUAAAUAAUGUGAACCAUGGACCUGAUAAAAGGAUAUAUAUUUAAUAAAAAAAUAAGAGAUAAUACAUCAUUUUGGAUCCAGCCCUGCCUUUGACUUACCCACAAGGUCAACUUAUUUGAUAUAGUUGGAAUUUUUCAGAAGCACAGUGAUUGCUAUGGCCUGAACUUUCUUGAUAGUCCUAUCUAAACAAGGCAUAUCAAACUAGUGGGAUUCCCACAAGUGUGGACUCACCAUUCAACAAUUGAUUCAAUAGCUUUGUUCUAGUUCAGACUACCAAUAAGAUUUAGACGUAUGGCUUUUAUUUGCUAGAGCUAUUUUAGUAAAUUUGUAUAGUUAGCAGAGCACAUACACAAUUAUAUGGUAUUAUAGUAAUCUACUUUUCUAUGAAAUGUCUUACUAUAAAAUGGUAUUUCUGUGCCUUCUUAGCUACUUUCUGUAGCUGUAUGUACAUCACGUAGCAUACAGAAGUCUUCAUAUAUGUGCGUCAUGUGCCCUUUAAAAGAUUAUCUUGUUGCAAACAGCAAAGAAGAAUCUUGCUAUAGUAGUUAGAAUGCAGUAAAAGCUGGAUAAUGGACUUCAUACAUAGUUAUGAGUAAUCCACAUUACUCUUUCUUAAAGAAAUUGCCCCUUUCAAUUCAUUGAGAUAUUCUAUUUAGAUUUUUUAAAGUUGCACAAUUUGUAAAGGAUAUUCCAAUAUGAAUGUUAUAUUUUUCUUAAAAUGACAGGUUUCUGAUUUUAAAAACACAGUUUCUUGACUACUGUUAGAAUUAUUUUGGUAUCUUACUUAAUAACUGUAAUAUGUUGUUCACAUCUAUUACAUUGUUAUGAUCUACCAUAAUGUUGGCUAUUUUUAAUCAAACCUAAUAAAAAAACACCUGAACUAAUAUCAAAUAAGCUUUUUAAGAUUUCAUUUGGCCUAAAUGUUCACACUUUCAUUAGUACUGCAAAUAUCAUGUAUUUUUAUUGCACGUGUAAAAUAAUACAGGUUGUAUUAAUUUUGAACAUGUUUCCCAUUUUAUGGUGUAAAAAUCCUGGAAAUUAGUAUAGUCUCAUUAUAGGAGUCUUCAGAUGAAAUAUAUUAUUUAAUACUAAUGACUUUUCCGUGCAAAUUUCAUGUGUAAUUAUGUACCAUUAAACUAUGAAUAUUUGCUACA